UAAAAUAAAGAAAUCAAUCAGAUCUCAAUCACCGUCACUCUCGAAAGUAACAAAUCUAUACUUACAUUCACUAUAUAUCUACACAUUCAUAACUGUGUCUGAAAUCACAAAAUCCUUCAUCACCAAUAAUUAUUUUCACAUUAUUAACGAUAAUUAUUUAAAAUCCAAUGUUAUUAUAGAAAAACCAUGGGCUUGAACUCGCCGACUCCCCACGACGGCGGCGACGGCGACGGCGACAACAAUUCCUCCGGCGCCACUGGUUUUUAUCCAAUCCGAGACCGUUCCCGCUUCAAACGAAACCCUAACUCUAUAUCUAUACCUGUAUCUAAAACCUCUAGUACAUCCAUCUUAUCCGAUCGCCGCCGAUAUCACGGCCGAUCUGUCGGCAACCGGAAGUGGCUUUCAGUUAGGGGAACUUCGGCGUGUUAUUUAUGCUUAUUAAUUGCUGUUUUUGCGUUUGCAUUGGGGGUAAUGGUGUUGCAAAGCUAUAUAGUGUUUUGGGAAGGUAGUGGCGGCAGUGGUGGUGGUAGGAGGAUUGGGAGGACGGUUCGAGACGGUUUGAAGUUCGGUAGCUCGUUGCGGUUCGUUUCGCGAGGUUUUGAGGUUGAUCGUGUAGCGAAGGAUAAACCUCGAGUUGGUGUUAGAUCACCUAGGCUUGCAAUUAUCUUAGGAAACAUGAAGAAUGACCCAUCUUCAUUGAUGCUUCUGACUGUGAUGAAGAGUUUGCGUGGAUUGGGCUAUAUGCUUCAGAUAUAUGUGACAGAGGAUGGUGAAACAAAACCACUGUGGGAGAAAGUGGUUGACCAAAUCUCAAUUUUAAGUCCUGAAAAUUAUGGUCAUAUAGAUUGGUCAAUAUUUGAUGCUGUUGUUGUAAAUUCUCUAGAAGCACACCAUGCUAUUUCAAGCCUUAUGCAGGAGCCCUUUUGCUCUGUGCAGCUUAUCUGGAUAAUUCAAGAAGCUACACUUGCAAAUCGCCUUCCUCUAUAUGAAGAAAUGGGAUGGGAAAAUUUAAUUACAUACUGGAAGAAUGCUUUUAGAAGGGCCGAUGUGAUUGUGUUUCCAGAUUACUCAUUUGCGAUGUUAUAUAGUGUGCUUGAUACUGGAAACUUCUUUGUGAUUCCUGGAUCACCAAUAGAUGUGUGGGCAGCUGAAAGAUACCUAAAAACCCACUCCAAGUCUCAGUUGAGGAUUAAAAAUGGUUUUGGUGAAGAUGAUAUACUGGUAUUGGUUGUUGGAAGUUCUUUCUUCUACAAUGAGCUAUCAUGGGAUUAUGCUGUGGCAAUGCACAACUUAGGACCUCUGCUGAGAAACUUUGCAAAGGAAGGAGAUGUUGGGCCGUCAUUUAAAUUCUUAUUUGCAUGUGGGAAUUCCAGUAGUGCCUAUCAUGAUGCAUUGCAGGAUAUUGCUGCUCAUCUGGGUCUUCGUCGCGAUUCUGUCGGACACUAUGGUUUAGAUGGUGACGUGGAUGAGUUGUUAUUAACAUCUGAUAUUGUUCUAUACGGUUCCUCUCAAGAGGAACAAAGUUUUCCUUCACUACUUACUAGAGCCAUGACAUUUGGUAUUCCGAUAAUUACCCCUGAUUAUCCCAUUAUAAGAAAAUAUGUUAUGAAUGGGGAACAUGGAAUUAUUGUUCCAAAAGACAAGCCUGAUGAGUUGAUGAAAUCUUUCUUACUUCUGAUAUCACAAGGAAAACUAUCAAAUCUUGCAUUUACAAUAUCUUCUUCAGGGAGGCAGCUUGCUAAGAACAUGCAGGCAUCAGAAUGUAUUGCUGAUUACAUGAAGCUUCUGGACAGUGUUAUUACACUUCCAUCAGACUCCAUGUUGCCAGGCUUUAUUUCUCAGCUAAAACAGGAAGAAUGGGAAUGGGAUUUGUUCUCAGAGGAACCAGAUCAGGGGUCCGCUGAUACGUCUUAUUUGAAUACGAAGGACGCUACUAGAAAUGCAAGUGUUGUUUAUGACAUCGAGGAACAUAUGGCCCCACUAUUAAAUUCAAGAACAUUGUCUAUGAAUGAAUCUGAGAGAAUGCCAGAAGAUAUUCCAAUUGAACAGGACUGGGAAGUUUUAAGUGAAAUUGAUAGUUUGGAAGAAGUUGAGAGAGUAGAGCUACAAGAGAUCGAAGGAAGAACAGAUAAAAGCUAUGGUGUAUGGGAGGAAUUAUAUCGUGAUGCUAAAAAGGCAGAAAAGCUAAAAUCCGAAGCAAAUGAAAGGGAUGAAGGGGAGCUAGAGAGAACAGGCCAACCUUUAUGCAUAUAUGAGGUUUAUAAUGGAGCCGGGGCUUGGCCCUUUCUGCACCAUGGAUCUUUAUAUCGUGGGUUAAGUCUUUCAACCAAAUCUCGAAGAUUGAGAUCAGAUGAUGUGGAUGCAGUUGGGAGGCUUUCCAUUUUGAACGAGACACACUACCGUGAUGUUCUUCUUGAGAUGGGCGGCAUGUUUUCCAUCGCAAAUAGGGUUGAUAAUGUUCACAAGCGACCUUGGAUUGGAUUCCAAUCAUGGCGUGCUGCUGCAAGGAAGGUAUCUUUGUCCUCCAAAGCUGAAAGGGUUCUGGAAGGAACCGUGCAACAGAACCAAAGAGGAGACAUAAUAUAUUUUUGGGCACUUGUGGACAUGGAUGGCGAACUUGCUGGGGGUGAUCAUGUUCUAACAUUUUGGUCUAUGUGUGAUAUCUUAAAUGCAGGAAAUUGCAGAACGGCCUUUCAGGAUGCUUUCCGGCGGAUGUAUGCAUUGCCACCUUAUGUGGAAGCCCUCCCACCGAUGCCUGAAGAUGGUGGGCACUGGUCUUCUCUGCAUAGCUGGGUCAUGGCAACCCCAUCUUUCCUAGAAUUCAUGAUGUUUUCCAGGAUGUUUGCUGAUUCUCUUGAUAGUUUACACAUGAAUGGAAGUACUGCCACUGAAUGCCUGUUAGGAUCUUCAGUGAGCGAGAAGCAAUAUUGCUAUUGUCGGCUAUUAGAACUCUUGGUCAAUGUAUGGGCUUACCAUAGUGCUCGAACCAUGGUGUACAUCGAUCCGAAUUCAGGAUCGCUAGAAGAACAACAUCCAUUAGAACAGCGUAAAGGGUUCAUGUGGAGCAAAUAUUUCAACACUACUUUGUUAAAGACCAUGGAUGAAGAUCUUGCCGAGGCGGCAGAUGAUGGUGAUCAUCCAUAUGAAAUGUGGUUAUGGCCAAGAACUGGGGAAGUACAUUGGCAAGGUGUAUUUGAAAGAGAGAGGGAAGAAAGAUAUAGGAUAAAAAUGGACAAAAAAAGAAAACAAAAAGAGAAAAUACUCGAAAGGUUAAAGUUUGGGUACAAGCAGAGGACACUUGGAGGGUAGACUCUUCUUUUCAUGUUUUGGUUCUAAUUCUAACCAUGAAACAGAGAUUUCUGGGUAUCCCAGUGAAUCGGGGAUUGGGGAUCAGGAUCAAUUUUGCUGGGAAUAGAGAUUGGUUUUCAUUGACACCAGCAAAAGUUGGAGAGGCAGCUGUCGGCUGAUUGAUAAUUAAUAUUCUUGUUUUUGUUCGUGGUGUUUACGAGGGUAUAUAUAUGCUGGCUAUACAAACAGAAGGAAGCAAUACAUGGGUACAACCACACAAUCAAUGGGUGACUUACAUUCUUUUAGUACAAGUUAUAUUCAUUAAUUUAUGUGAUGAGUUGAAGUGUAUUCUUUUUGUAUCCCUCGAUGUAUAUACUAGACAACAAAUUUUGUUUCCAUAUUAUAUACCAAUUCUCCUAGUUUUGUGGGCAAA